AAACUCUGCAGACGUGCGCAAUUGGUGCGCAAGUUGCGCAACUACGUUAAAUAUCCCACUCAGUUACUAUAUGUACGAAUGAAAGACGGCAUUUAUCCUACAACCACAAUAGAUAUAGACACCGGAAUUCACCAGGUUGAAUGUCGUCUGCCAGGAGGAGAUCACAUUGACACAACCGCAUUUCACCUCUCCUCUUUACCCGCACCACCCGAGCACCUGGUCCAUUUGCUAGCAUACUUAUCCUUCCGACCCCAUCUUUGCGCUUUCAGAAAAAGCCUUGCCAUGAUUUGUUAUCGCGUUUCGGACUCUUGA